AUGCCUGUAGAUUGUUUGCCCAAACAUACGGCAGCGACCGCAACAGCAGCAGAAGCAAUCCCAUUUAAAGGACGAAAAAUGGUUGGACGCUUAGACUGGCAGACAGAGGAGGGCAGAGAAGCAGAGGGGACAGCCGCUUUCAGUUUUUGCGGCGUGAAAUUUUUGUUCUGCCGUUGCUGCUGCGUUACAUGGCGGCGGUUCGAUUUUGUCGCUGGUGAUCGCCUUGGACGCCGUUUUUUGUUGGCACAGCAGUGGUCUGCUGCAUGCGAUCAGCAACAAAAUUAG